UAUUAGAACGGUGUCGGAAGUUCCAAAUUAAAAAAUUUUGUACCGAAAAAAUAGAGGUUCUUCACAAAAUUUUCGAGAGCGACACCCCUCCCCUUGCCCUAGGUCCGCCCCUGCUUCCAUGGCUACUAUGAAUCUAAAGCGUCUCUUUUUCUUCCUCUUCUCGACCUCAUUGCUCCUCCACGAAUCUACCGCCUACCCUGCUACUGCCAGUUCCAUUGUCGAUCCCUCCAAAGUCAAACAGGUCUCAUGGAAGCCAAGGGCAUUUGUGUACCAAGGGUUUCUUACGGACUCGGAAUGCGAUCACUUGAUCUCCCUGGAUCCGAUUGUUGCUGGCAUUGAAGAAAAGAUUGCAACUUGGACUUUCCUUCCAAUAGGUCAACAUUUUCGUGGUGGACACCGUGUAGCAACUGUGGUCAUGUACCUUAGCGAUGUUGAGAAGGGCGGCGAGACUGUGUUCCCUUCUGCAGAGGUUGGUAGUUCAAAGGUUCCUUUUAAGUGUCUGAAUAUGCUGUUCCUAGUACGCGUAAUUGCGAGACAAGUUUUGGCAACUGGAACCUCCACGUCGUCGUAGUUUUGUGAAAGAGGAUCUCUAUGAAUGUGCUAAGAAAGGAGUUGUACGCGAGCUUGUAUAGAUGUAACUUAAGUGCCUUGGUGGUCAUUAAACUAUGAGUGCUUGUAGUUAAAGGAUCACUGACUUGAAAAUCUUAGCAUUGAACUGAAUGGUUUGUGACAAAGCAGUGAUUCUGUCUAAUUUAUCGAUAAUUUGACUAAGUCAACAUGCCAAAUAGUUUUGACAUGCCACCCCGCCCGGUUAGGAAGCAUCCCCACGCAACCUCCACACCCUUUUUCAACUUGAACGCAAGGUUUGUGGGCUGGGGUCGAGUUGGGGGCCAUGUGACCUAGCCCUUCCAAACUCGUGGAUGGGUUGGUCAUGUGCUUUUGCUUGUAAGGUUGGGAGUAUGGUCUGUGGGUUAAGACCAAGUGGUUACUGGGGUGCCGAUUAGGGUGAUUAUGGUCGCAUGGCGAAUAUAUUUGGCAUUUGCUGACUCAUCGGUACUAAUGGCAAUUUAGAUGGAAGGAAACUGAUUGACUGUUUUGUUGCAGUCUUGCAGAUCACAUAGUUAGUGACUAUUCAGGCUUUAAACUCGUACAAAAUGAUAUACUUGAUCUAUACAGAAUAGGUCAUUAUGUUGUCUCAAUUUGUUCUGUGUGUCAAUAUCCUUUCCCCAAAGUUUCUGCAUCUCAUCAUCUCAGCUCACUAGUGUCUUAAACUAUAACACUGCAGUGAAACCACGAAGAGGAGAUGCACUGUUGUUCUUCAGCCUGCUCCCAACAGCCAUACCGGACACCAGCAGCCUCCAUGCUGGUUGCCUGGUAAUCGAGGGUGAGAAAUGGUCUGCAACAAAGUGGAUCCACGUGGACUCAUUCGACAAGAAUGUAGAGGUUGUUGGUGGGAACUGCACAGACCAAAAUAAGAGCUGUGAGAGGUGGGCAGCUCUGGGGGAGUGCACGAAGAAUCCCGAGUAUAUGCUGGGUUCAGCUGAAGGAGCUGUAAGGCAUGUUAGAGAGAGAGAACCCCCACCACUGGCAUCACUUCCCCCUUUGUAAUCUAGACAUGAGGUUGUUUCCCUCCUAUAAUCUUUUUUUGAAGGUGACAUCCUGUUUCUGUGAUGAACCUCAAGGUUGUUUGUUGUAGAAAAAUGUUUGUAGAUAGAUUGUGUUGGAUCCUCCCGUUUUGCUUACUUUUGCCAGAGUUUCUAUCAUACAUGACGAUUUGUAUAAGGAUGGUACACGGUUCAUUUCUUUCAACAGCUCUAGGUUAUUGAAGUCGGCUAAGUUCCUUUCGCAACAGUCAGAUUCUGGGCACAAGCUCAUAACAAUAACACUGAUAUUAUUGGUUCAUAAAUCAAUGUCGUAACUUCAUUUGUGUCAUUCAGUUCAAGAGUUUUGAUUACUGAUGGAGCCAAGAGAGUUUAUGGAGGGGAGAUCUGUCUUCUUGUAAUUCAGAUUUUUUGUUUUAUUGCCUUUAACAUAAAAGAAGAUCUUCGUAUGCUGAAAACGUUAGACUAAAUUUUCUCUAAGAAAUCGUCAAAUAUAUCAAGAGUCAAUAAUAAUAAAAAAUUAGAAAUCUUAUUUUCUCAUGAGUGACAUAAAAACCGACAAUAGUCCUAUGAUCAAAUGAGCAAGAAAAUUUACGACAAGGAUGACUAUAUAAAAUAGAAGGGUGGAACUAAUGCAUCAACUGAAUGAAAGCGAAAUAUAAAC